AGAACACCUGGCAGAGGAGGGGAAAGAGGGGACGGAGGGAGGAGGGGCCCGCCCAGAGGGUGGGGCCUAUGGGGCUCCUUGGGAACAGCUGCAAGGGCCUGUCUACACUGAGUGAGCGCUAGGUGGCCCCGCCCCGCCAGGCGCAGGUGAGGGAGUCCCCCCCCACCUCCCUUUCCCCCUCCCCCCCGCCCCCCGCUGGGUCCCCUAGCCAGGUUGGCCUCCAAGCGGCCCGGGUGGCCUGUGCUGGCCGCGCCUUCGGCCGUCCCUCGCUUCGUCCAGCCGCUGCCCAGGAGCCCCACCCUCUACCCUUCCCGGCGCGCCUCUCACAUCCCUCCUCCUCCUCCCGCCAAUGCCAGGGCUGCGGCUCCUGCCGCGGACCGCGCUGACGCCAGCCGGACGGGCCAAGGGACCAAGGGCCCGGCAGGAGCCUCGGAGAGCGGACGCAGCGGGCGGCCAGGUGAUAUUCUAACUGAUUUUCUCCUGCUAUUUUUCUACACCACCCCCUGAAUCAUCAGCAACUGAAGGAAAAAAGAAGCAUGGAAGGACACAAAUGCUACUCCAGGGAAUUUUAUGACCAAUACGCCCAAAGUCAAGACAAGUCAGUUGUGAAUAAGAUGCAACAGAAGUAUUGGAAAACAAAGCAAGCCCUCAUCAAGGUGACAGGCAAGAAGGAAGACGAGCACGUGGUGGCCUCUGAUGCAGACCUGGAUGCCAAACUGGAGCUGUUCCACUCCAUCCAGAGGACGUGUAUGGAGCUCCUCAAAGCCAUCGAACUCUAUCAGAAGAGGAUUUGCUUCCUAUCACAAGAAGAAAGUGAGCUGGGCAGGUUCCUUCGCUCCCAGGGUUCCCAGGACAGAACUCGAGCUGGGAAGAUGAUGCAGGCCACGGGGAAGGCACUGUGCUUCUCCUCUCAGCAAAGGCUGGCCUUGCGGAGCCCUUUGUGCCGACUCUACCAGGAAGUGGAGACAUUUCGGUACCGCGCCAUAUCUGAUACCUGGCUGACCGUGAACCGCAUGGAGCAGUAUCGGACUGAGUACCGUGGUGCUUUGCUAUGGAUGAAAGACGUGUCUCAGGAGCUGGACCCAGACCUUUUCAAGCAAAUGGAGAAGUUUCGGAAGGUCCAAGCCCAAGUGCGCCAUGCGAAGCUCAACUUUGACCAACUCAAGAAUGAUGUAUGUCAAAAAGUCGAUCUCCUUGGAGCGAGCAGAUGCAACCUUCUAUCUCACGUGCUCACAACCUAUCAGACCACCUUGCUUCAUUUCUGGGAGAAAACCUCACACACCAUGGCAGCCAUCCAUGAGAGCUUCAAAGGUUACCAGCCAUAUGAAUUCACUAUGUUGAAGAGUUUACAGGACCCUGUAAACAAGUUAAUAGAAAACGCUGAAAAGAAGGAACAAGCCCAGAAGGAAAGCCCCGAGAGUGAGCCCCAGCAGUCAGACACGUUGAUAUCAUUAGAUGUGGAAAACCCUGACCAGACACCCGCCUACUUAGCUGAGGAUAGGAAGAAUGCCUUCUCUGCCCCAGAAGGGGAGUCGAACCAUAUCCAGUGCUCAGGAUCUAUUGAUGAACUGUUAGACCUGAAGCCAACAGAGACAGGUGCUUCAGAGUCUGAUGUGGCUGACCGGGAUGACAUGCAGCUGCUUAACGAGAUUCUCAAUGCAUCUUCCCUGGACGAGGGAGAUUUCAGCAAAGAGUGGACGGCUGUCUUUGGGAGUAAGCAGACCCCAGAGCCCACAGCCACGUGUGCGCCAGGAGAGCCAGAACCGGGGCCCACUCCGUCAUCAAGCUUUCUCCCUUCCCAGCUCCUAGACAAAAACAUGCAUGACUUACAGUCAUCCCUCCAAGGCUGGAAAGAGAGCCCAGGCAGCCCUCCACCCAUCUGGAAGCCAGCAGUGGUCCCAAAGCCCACCACCCAGAGCAGCACCACGCGCCCUGUGAAAGAAGCCGAGAAGAAUGCUCGAGACCUGACGGCCUGGUUCAGCCUGUUUGCCGACCUGGACCCGCUGUCCAACCCAGACGCUGUCGGGAGAACGGACAAGGAGCACGAGCUGCUCAAUGCGUGAGCGUGCCCGGGAGUGGGCACGGGAGUGGGCACGGGCGCCGCCGCCACCGCGCGGCCACACCGUCUCCUGCGUGAAUGUCUCUGUGCCGUGACAAUAAAAGGGGACAGUGAGGAGCCCCGUUUACAUUGC